AUGCCCGCUCCCUUGACCUACGUGGCCGGCGUCCAGAUCGGCCGCUGCGAGUCGCGCGUCUGCGUCGUGCGGCGCGAGGCGUCCGGCGAGCUGACGACGGUGCAGUUCGUCCAGAGCGACACGGGGGCGCGGUCCACGCCCUGCGUCAUCGCGCUGAGCGCGACGGGCGAGUACGUCAUCGGCGAGGCCGCGGAGACGCAGAUGGCGAAGAACGCCGACGCGACGGUGCCGUCCGUGCUCGCGACGCUGCCGCGCGCGGCCGACGGCGCGGCGCUCGCCGAGGCCGCGGCGGCGCGGUGCGCGGCCGCGGGCUGCUCCGUGGCCGUGAGCGACGUCGCCGGCGACGUGGAGAUCGUGCUCACGCCGCCGCCGAACGAGGACGAGGACGAGCCGCCGGCGAAGCCCGGCAAGCUCAGGGGCGAGGACGGCGCCGCGAAGGUCCUCGGCCGCCUCAAGUCGCUCGUCGACGACUUCCUCGGCGUCGAGGGGAACGAGGCCCUCUGCUGCGUCGUCGCCGUGCCGUCCACAAUCCUCGGCGACGCCGUCGCGAUGGCGUCCCUGAAGCGGGCGGCGAAGGCGGCCAAGCUCGAGUGCCUGUCGUGGGUGUCCGAGGGCGCGGCCGUCGCGGCCGCGGCCGCGGACAAGAUCCCCAAGCUCGACGGCGUCGACGGCGUCGCCGUGCUCGAGGUCGGCGGCCGCGGCGCGGCCUGCGCCGCCUUCCUCCGCGAGCCGUCGAGCGGCGUGCUGUCGCCCGUCGUCGCGGAGGCGGCCGACGACGCGCUAGGCGGCCACGCGAUGGCCGAGGCGCUCUACGGCCACUGCGUGACCUUCCUCAAGCGGCGCCAGAAGAUCGACGUCGCCGAGGGCGGCAAGAAGGCCCAGCGCAAGCUGCGCGUCGCCUGCGUGCGCGCCGCGAAGGUCCUGGGCACGGGCGCCGCCGAGGCGACGGUCGAGGCCGACGCGCUCGUCGACGGCGCGGACGCGCGCGUGCGCAUGACGCGCGCGCGCUUCGACGACCUCGCGGGCCCCAUCUACGCCAAGGCCGGGGCCCUGGGCGCUACGGCGGCCGCGGCCUUUGCCGCGAGCGCGACCAAGCCCGCCAAAAUCCUCCCGCUCCUCUGCGGCGGCGCGUGCCGCGCGGCGGCGAUCCACAAGGCCUUCGUCGGCGCCUUCGAGGGCUUCGAGCUCGUCGAGGACCCGGGCCUCCUCGGGUCCCAGGUCGAGGUCGACGAGCUCGCGGUCCACGGCGCGGCGACGCAGGCGGCGCUGUUGGCCUUCGGCGCGCAGCCCCUCAUCGACGAGGCCGCGACCAAGGUCGCCAAGGGCGCCAAGAAGUACGCCAGCGCCCGCGCCGACUUCUGCCUCGCGACGGCGGCGCUGCCCGUCCUCGGCGGCGGCCUCCGCGUCGCCGCGGCCAAGGCCGCCGCGCUCCCGGCGGACGCGGCCGCCGCGGCCGCGUUCGCGGCCGCCGCGAAGCCGCUCGCGCCCAAGGGCUCGCCCGUGCCGGCGACGCACGCGGCGUCCCUCGAGCUCGCGGGCGACGGCGCCGCGGCCUUCGUCGUCGCCUUCGACGGCGACGCGCCGCUCGCGGUCCUCGACUGCUCGAAGUUCGCGGGCGCUUCGAAGGUCGAGCUCGCCGCGACGCUCGACGAGAAGGCGAACCUCAAGCUCGUCGCCACCGUCGACGGCGACGAGAACCCCGUCUCCCUCGACGUCCCCGCGUCCGCCUAG